GAACAGUCAACUGUAGUCUGUAAUAGCAAUUCAGCGUGAAGGUUUUCUGAGGAUCCACGGUAGUGACAGCAAGUACUCCAAUACUUUAUACUGCAGUGUUAGAAAUAAUUGUUUUAACAUCAGAAUCCGCGAAUCCCAACAGCACUGUGGAAAUAAUGGCGCUGCGGGCCAUCGAAGAAGACGGCGGCGAUGCGUGGGACCCGCAGGAAGACGCUACCGACGUCUCGCUGCCUCUGCCAGGCAGAAUUCGUCGUUCAUCGCACCACAGCGACUACAGCUCCACAGCCAGCAUCUCCUCCGAGGACACCAGCCCCAAACGGGACCGCCCGCAGCCCCCCAAGACCAGCCAGCCUGACGAACUGGCGUUCUGUGCGGCGGUGGGACGGCCGGACAGCGAGGUUGUCGUUGGCAGUGGCGUUAAAAACGAGCUGCUGGUGCGGGUGUCCAAACAUGCCAGCCAUGUGCUGAUGCGGGGAACAAUUCAGUCCAUGAUCGAGCCCCUGCGCUGUCCGUUCGGUGUGGGAAAGGGCGCCCUGGAGGCCUGCGUCAAGUUGCGCGCGGGCAUGCCGGCGGGACUGAAGGCGCACUUGGAGGCCGUCCACGGCCUGCACAACGUGCAGCUGAAUUUCGCCUGUCCGUGUCCGGCCGCCUUCAACGAUGGCGCCGACUGUCAGUACGUGCAGUUCGAUCCGUUGGGCUACUUGCUGAGUCAUCACAUGGAUGAACACCAUGCGCAGUACAAGGAGCGCGUGAUGGAGGCGCUGUACAAGCAGCGGAAGAAGAAGAGUGGCCAGAAACAUCGGGAGUUGCUCCGCUCGGCCAGGACGAAGACGUUGCCGGAGGGGACAAGCGAUGUGAGCCGGCUGUGGCCGAGCCAGAUCACGGCCGACAAGAUCGUCAUCCCCACGCGUGUUGUGAAUGGGCAAGUGAAGUACGUGUGCCAGAUCGACGCGUGUGCCCUGGUAAGCAGUGAAGAAGGCCGCGGCCGGCUGCUGGACUCGUCGCAGCGGAUGCACGCGCAUUUGAUACUGCAGCACCGACAGCGUUGCGCCAUCCCCACCCAAGUGUACCACGCCUGCGCCGACCCGGAGUGCCCGGUCCGGGUGUUCUCGCUGCACCACAUGAUGGAUCUCCAUAUCAAGGCCGCGCAUCCGCAUCUGUUCCGCGUGGUGUACACGGAUUCGGCCCUGCAGGCGCGGGCCCACCUGGAAGCGGGCGUGAAGGCGCAGUGCAUCGGGGAGGCGCUGAGCCGCAGCGUGGACAGCGCGGCCCGGCCCGGUCGCUUCCUCUACAACUUCACCUGCCCCGUCCAGAAGUGUGCGGUGCACUAUUCCAACCGCGACUACGUGCUCUGGCACAUUGGCGUCCAUCACCGGGAUGACUGGGAAAAGCCCAGUGAUCAACAGGAGUAACGUCGUGUCCGUGGAGCAGGAUCGUAAUUAGUGCAGUGCUCCUUGCCGAGGCAGACUAGUUCUUAGUUUAUCGAUUCUCAAUUUGUCGCUCACAUGCUGACAGUACUCUAAUACUUUCCUACGGCUUAGAUUGCCCUUCAUUUCAUUAUUUGGCUGAAUUUUUGCGUUUCUUUUUCUUAUUUGCCCAUACUGUUCUUCGUCCGUGCAGCCGUUGCGGUUGCUUAUUGUCGGAGUGCUCGUUUCCUGUGACAUACUCGCGCUGGUCAAUAAAUGCUGUUGUACUAAUGG